ACACAGGCCGGGUAGGACCCCAGCAACAACGCUGCGAUCGGUUCAACCUAUGAAGAUUGGGCUUUUCAAUCGCCAUCCAUCCUUCCAGUAGACAACAUUUUGUGGAAAUAUAUCACUGUCACUGAUCAGAAGAUACACUAAGACGUUAAAUCGAAUCAGAAGGCACUGGGAAGAGGCGCAAAGAACAAUUUCCAUACUCGAUGACAUUACAUCGCAAUGUCCGAUCGUUUGGGGCAAAUAACCAAGUCCAAGGAUGGGAAAAGCAAGUAUUCCUCACUCAGCCUAUUUGACAAGUACAAGGGAAAAUCAAUAGAAGCUCAGAAAAACACAGUAGUUCCGCGACAUGGCUUGCAGAGUCUUGGUAAAGUGGCCGCAGCCCGGCGCAUGCCCCCACCUGCUCACCUGCCGAGCUUGAAGUCCGAAAACAAAGGAAACGAUCCCAACGUGAUUAUUGUGCCGAAAGACGGUACAGGAUGGGCGAACAAGCAGGAACAACCCGAUCAAAAGAGUUCUAUUGCAUCAAUACCACAGCUGCCGGAGUUGCAGCCGCAGCUGGCUUUACAGAAAUCUGUCUCCAAUCUUCAGAAGCCCUCACCGGUAGCCAACCAGGAGAACACAAACACAGGUGGACCAAAGCAAUGGGCCCAGCUAAAUGGAAAGGCAGUAGAGCAAGAUGGUUCAAGGGCCUCAAACCGACUUCAGCCCUUCUCUCACGAGGAAUUUCCCACGCUGAAGGCAGCUGGAGAACAGGACAGGGCUGGCAAGGAAAGAAGCGGCUUCGAUCCGUCGUAUGGGCCCGGACCAAGCCUCCGCCCCCAGAAUGUGACGAGCUGGAGGGAAGGUGGUGGCAGGAACCUUCAACCCUCGUCCCUGACCCUCGGCCUGCCAGCAGAACCUGAGGUUAAGAUCACUGCCCUGGGUGAGACAGGCACCCCUCCUGCCUCAUCUCACCCCCCUUCUGCCACCGGCGCAACCUCUUCUAGUGUAGUGACGGCUCAGUCACCAGUCCUUGAGCCCAAGGAGCCUUCCCUGCGCCCCGCCCAGCCUGUCCGCAGAACAACCGUCCCUACUGCCCUGCAGUACCAGCUUCACCAUACUUCGACUGCUGUCUACCAUGACAUGCUGCCUGCGUUUAUGUGCUCUAAAGAGACACGUGAGGCACCAGACCAUGUUCCUACCACCGUAGCAGCCCCAGCCCGAUUUGACAGCAAACCCACUUUUAGACAAAGCUACGCCAAACCUGAACUUGUCAAUGGUGAUGUGAGAAGAGAGAACCGCUUUGUUCGUGCUCCACCUCGACUGUCUUCUCAGCCAAUCCGCAGGCCCGGUGACAGACCGCAACGCCCAGCCAUCAUUAAUCCAGAGGACCUGAAGGAUCUGGAUGAGCUUGACAAUGACUGCGAGGAUGGAUGGGCAGGACUCCACGAGGAAGUUGAUUAUAGUGAGAAGCUUAAGUUCAGUGAUGAUGAAGAAGACCACUCCGGUGAAAAAAACAGAAUGUGGACUGAUUGGGAGAGGGAGAGGGAAAGAGAAAACCUGCGUGACUGCCAAUCCUCCCUCAGUUCAGGUGAAGUGUCUUACCCCCAGGAGGGCCCUGAGGAGAGCUACUCCUACCAACAUCACCACAACGAGGCUCCCAGGAAGACCAAUGGCAGAUAUCUCCCAACAGACACUCCGGCUCAGCAGAAAAUCCAAGGUGAGCCACUGACUGACCAGGAAGAUCACCAGCGUCAGGGUCAGGCUCCAGCCAGGGCAAAAUAUGUGUCCCCUGAGCUGUCUGAGGCUGUUGAGAGGGCCCGCAGACGCCGGGAGGAGGAAGAGAGGCGUGCCCGUGAGGAACGGCUGGCUGCCUGUGCUGAAAAACUCAAAAAGCUGGAUGAGAAGUUUGGGAAGACUGAAAGGCAGACAUCAAGGACAGAAGAGGGCCUGAAAGAGGGAGAGGGCAAAGAAGUUCCACUCUCUCCAGACAGGGAACAGAGUAAAGCCCAUCAUGAGACCUGGCAGUACAGCACAAAAGAUGGAACUGAGUGUCCCCCACACAACUCUCCUGGACAUAGUUACCGUGAAGAACCUGUCUUCUCUAACUACCGUGCCAGCGAGGACGAUGGCCAGGAGCCCUCCUCCCCCUCUGGAGACUACAGUGGACGUCAUUCCUCCAAACCCAUCCCACCUCGCUUUCAAAAGCAGCCACAGCACCAACAGCAGGAACAAGUAUACAAGAUGCAGCACUGGCAGCAGUCAGGUCACCCUGCCCCAUCUGGCUCAAGCCACGCCCAGCGGGGCUACUACCCCCCACAUGUCCUCGGGUUUGAUCCCCGCUGGAUGAUGAUGCCGCCUUUCAUGGAUCCCCGCAUGGCCCAAGGACGAUCUCCUGUGGACUACUACCCCGGUCCUGUCCACUCUUCAGGAAUGAUGAAACCCAUGAUGCAUCAGGACCACCUGAACAGUCCUGGUUCUGAUGAGGGAUGCCAUCCCAACCUACACCAGGAAAGAAGAACCCCAUCUACUGAGCCUUAUCCUAUGUGGAACCAAGAUGGCUACCCCUUGCGUAGUUUCACUCCACCUUACCAGAGACAGCACGAAAGCUCAGACGGUGGCCAGCCAGAUGACAGAAGUGACAUGGCCUGCUCCCAACAGGACUCCUAUGAAGAGAGGGCCAAUGAGUGCUUGACUCACCCUCAAGAUGAUAGCCCCCAUCAUGCUUACCAGAGCCGAGGCCCAGACAGAGAACACAAGCACCAUGACCAAGGCUUGCUGACCACAGCUCAGAAUCACUCACUGAAUCAUGCAGAUGGUGAUUACCCAAAACAAGACCCUAGAGACAAGCAUCUCAAAGACUGCUCUGAUUCUCACGAUGAGACGUUAGAUGGCUCCAAGGACAAUUGGAAAAGAGAUGGAGGCCAAAAACAAGACGGAGGACUCAACAGUUCUCAAAGCCAGUGGUCCGAAGCCAGUUCCAGUUCCAGUAGUAGUGUUAGCCAGCCAUCCGAGACAAGCGGGCGCACCUUGACUCGCAGAACUGGGCCCAUCAAGAAACCAGUACUCAAGGCUCUCAAAGUGGAAGACAAGGAGAAUGAGAAGCCCAAACCUGAACCAGAGGAGAAGCCUGUCCCUUACCGCCUGGAGAAGGAAGUCCUUACUAAUGUUUACGACUUGAAGAAAGAUAACCAGCCUGCUAGCAACAGACGUUCAGCCUCACCUGUGGUUGAGAAACAGCCUGAAGAAAGGCAGCGUCAGUCACCAGCUCCAACCAAAACAGAAAGGCCUCUAAGCACCCACAGUGAUGACUCUCCCAAGGAGAGCGCCUGGGACAGUGGCAAGAGCCAGUCAUCAAGAGAUAGCCAGGAAAAUCGUGAGCCCCAGGCACCACGGCGCAAUAACUGGAUCUUUAUUGAUGAAGAACAGGCCUUUGGCGCAGUGAGGGGAACAGGUCGAGGCCGUGGGAGAGGCUUUAGGGAAUUUAGCUCAAGAGGUGGAACCCGUGGUGGCCGAGGUGGAGACAAUCUCAGAGGGGCUUAUAACAACAAUAACAACAGCAGUGGUGCUCAGCGGACGGGCAGAGGCAGGGCACCACCUAGGGACCUUAUCAAGGUUGAGGAGUUCCAGAGGGGCAAGCCCCGCAGGCGAAAUGUCAGUGAGACCUUGAGUGAAGCCUCUGAGUAUGAGGAACUGCCCAAGAGGCGCCGCCAGAAGGGAUCUGAAAAUGGAGAAGGUUACACAGAGCCUGGAGAAGUUCGUAAGGCUGAUAGAGACUCUUGGAGAUCCAACAAAGUGUACACAGAUGAUCAGACAGCCCCAGAUUCCAGAGAAAAGGUCAAGGCCAGCAGGGGUUUUGGAGGUCGCAUGCUGCCUCCCAGACUGAACACCACUGGAGGUUACAGUCGAAGCUUUGGGGGAUCCAGAGACAUUUCUACAUGGAGGGGCCGUGGGCCCCAAUUUAGUAGCACUGGUGGUUCCAUGCAAGAAAAUGGUUAUGGUCCUGGAGCUGAGACUACUUACUCCCGCAGGCCCCCUGUUGAACGCGAGACCCUCAAGUACCCCCCAAAAUUCACCGGCUCCUUCAUGGAAAAUGGCACAGAGGACCGUGAAGGAGAAUACUAUUUUGACAAUGACAACCCUGACAGGCAGAUGUUGAGGAGACGGCGUCCACCCCGUCAAGACAAGCCCCCACGUUUCCGUCGUCUACAACAAGAACGAGAACCUGGCUCCAACCAGUGGACAAGCGAUGAGUACAUAAACGGAGACUUUGCUAAUCCCUGGCCUGGUCGCACAAAAGGCAGCGGGGAAGACAACUGGCCCACCGGCCACUACUCUGGUGGGCGCCCUAGUCAGCAUGGUCAGGCAGAGGAAUGGGAGACAGGAUCAGAAAACAGCGACUUUGGUGACUGGAGAGAGAAGCGAGCUGGAAGUGGAGGUGCGGCUACACAGGGACAUGGUGAUAUUCCCUCAGACUCUGGCCAUAGUGAACCAGGCUCUGGUGAGAAGAGGGAACUUUGCAAGAGAAGCUUCUCCAGCCAGAGACCAUUGGUGGAACGGCAGAACAGGAAAGGAGAGCCAUCACUGCUGGAAGCGAGCAAAAUGGCACGUACACCUGAUAAUCCCCCCACCUCCUCCAACAGGAGUGACAGUUGGCAGAAUGGAGGGACUUCUUGUAAAAGCAGGAGCCCAGAUGAGUCAGGCUCAGUCUACAGCAUAGAGCAGCCAGAGGAGAGGGAGUCCGCUGAACCCUCAGGGAAGAAAUUAGACAAAGAGCUGAAGCAAGGAACUGCUAAGAGCGACAUUACUGAACCUCUGUCCCAGUAUGAGCUCAGCAGCUACCCAAUCGAGGGGGAUGCAGGGGGACCAGUUUCGAGUCCAGAUGGAUACCAGGAUGCCUUGUCCAAAAAGCAAAGACGCCCACAAGAAGAUGACAGGAGGAGGAAGGAACAGGGGGCGACUGUGCCAGUAAAAAACAGGACUAUCCCAUCCAAGAUACCACCACGUUUUGCCAAAAAGCAGGGAAGCAUGGGUAUUGAACAACCUGAGGAAGCGCUUUCCUCUAACAACCUGGGAACUGAAAUCUGGGAGACCAACAGCUCAGCUCUUUCAGUACAGUCUUCAGGGGGAGACUCAUGGACUAAACAGGUGUCUUACACUGGGAGCGAGCCCAACUCUGAGGACUCUGAUGCUGGCCCAGAACAGAGUAAAGAACAGCACAAGCCUGGGCCCAUCGGAAAUGAACGCUCCCUGAAGCACCGCAAGGGAUCAGAAGGUGUUGAUCGGUUGGAAAGUGGCCCAAUCACCCCAGUCAAUGGUGUGGACCUCCAUGUAGACACUGUGUUGCCCGUGCCUCCUAUUGAGUUUGGUGUCAGUGCCAAAGACUCUGAUUUCAGCCUACCGCCGGGCUCCACCCCAGUGCCCGUGUCCAAUCCUGUCAACAAGCUUCAGGACGCACUUGCCACCAACACGGCUCUCAAUCAGAGUAUCCCCAUGCUGCGUUCCAACCACCUGCAGCCUGGUAUUAACCUGAACCCCAUCUCCUUCCCCAGUGCAGACCUCACUCUCAAGAUGGAAUCAGCACGCAAGGCAUGGGAGAACUCUCAGUCCCUUCCUGAGCAGGGCUCUCCUGGUGGCAAUGCUUCAGGUGCUCAGCCUCCCUGCAGCGUUGGUUCCUCCAGCGGUGUCAGCUACAGUUCCUUCGGAGGGGUUUCAAUGCCUCCGAUGCCUGUAGCAUCAGUAGCACCUUCUAUGUCCAUGCAAGGUAGCCAUAUCCCCCCGUUGUAUCUGGAUGGUCAUGUUUUCCCUAGCCAGCCCCGCCUUGUACCUCCCACCAUGACCCAACAGCAGACGUACCAACAGGCGGCUGCAGCCCAGCAGAUUCCGAUCUCUUUACACACGUCUCUUCAGGCGCAGGCUCAGUUGGGGCUUCGGGGAGGUCUACCUGUUUCUCAGUCCCAAGAGAUGUUCAACUCCAUUCCCCCCUUCAGGUCCCAGGUGUACAUGCACCCCAACCUGUCGCAGGCCAGCCCCAUGGUGCUGUCGGGCGGAGCCCCUCUCAAGGGGCCCUACUCUGCUUUCCCUGGUAUGCAGCCUUCAGACAUGGUCAAGACCCAGUCAGGCUCACACUAUCAGCCUAUGAAUGGCAGCCAGCAGCUGGUCUAUGACAGCCAGAUGAACCAAGGACCUGGUAUGAGUUCCUCCCAGCUGAUGGACUCUCAGCUCAUCCAGGUGACCAUGCCUCUACCCGGCUCUCAGCUGCGCUAUGGCUCAGCUCAGCAACAUCUCAUCCUCCCACAGUCCAUCCAGCUGCAGCAGGGACAGAACCUGUCAGUCGGGGGCCCACGCCGAAUGCUGCCACCUGGCUCUCAGGCUGCAGUUAUGACUGGUGGCCGAGAGGGUUCACAGAUGGAAAUGAAAGGCUUCCAGUUUGCUGAGAAGCCAAAUCAUUCCCCAGGCAUAUCUGGAGGAUCCUACAGGCCUGGGUCUGCCAGCCCUAGUGGGAAGCCCUCUGGUCCUGGGGGACCUGUAGGCCCUCUGCCUACACAUUUUGCCCAACAGGUCCAACCUGCUCAGGGCAGCAUGGUGAUGCACAUGCGGCCCCCCACCAGUGGCCCUUUCCCUAACCCCAUCCAGAGACCAGUCAUGCAGGUCAACAAGCCUGUCAUCAUCCGCCCCCCCCCUUACCCCAAUCCUGGCCGUGACCUUUCCCACUCUGCCCCUCCCUCAGCCCCCGAGCCCCCUGUCAAAGGGCCGGAGGAUGGCAUGAAGAAUAAAACCAUGCGAGAAGUGCGCAAGGCAGUGGGUGAGGGCAAGACAACACCAGGGGGCAUGACCAGCAAACUCCAGGAGCCCCUGCCCUCUACGGGGCAAGCCAAACCAGCACGCACUGGAGCCAUCAAACCCCAGGCUGUCAAAGUAGAGGAGGGCAAGGCAUAACAAUGGACCUUAAAAUCCUCAUCACCACCCAGCCUGCCAACACAAGCCCCUUGGCCAAUGUCUGAGCCUCUAAGACCCACGUCAUCCCAAGGCACCAUGGCAAGGGGCAUACAUGCAGACAUCAUAAUGAAUUACCCUUCUUGAACUGUCAGAACUGGACACUAUUAUUUCACACCACGUAUAGAGAUAUAUAAAUAUAUAUAAAUAUAUACAUAGACACACAGUCUUUUAAGCAGAUCUCUUCAAGGUCCUCUUUAAUUUAUUAUUAGUCACUUUUAAGGGGAGAUUGAUAAAGAGAAAAGAUAUUUCUGUUUUUUUGUGUUUCUCUCCAAGUUGGGGAAAAGGAAAAUGGCCAACUCAGACAGAUGGUUCAUUUUUCCACAACAUUUUGCCAAACUGUAUUUACUCCCUCUUUAUGGACUGUAGCUGUUAAGACCAGGCAGACACUUGAUACAACUCACUAUGAGAAGCAAAGUCUGUUUAAAUUUUUUUUAAACAAAUUUGAAAUGCAGUGGGGCACUUUUUUUGUCAUUUUUUUCAUUGGCAUAUUUGCUGGUAAAUAUAAUGUUCAGGUCAUCACCCAUUCCUGCUAUUGAUCAAUGACUUCUUUUAUUAAUCCCGAAAAAAAAUCCUCAAAUUUGUGGACAUCAUUGCAUGUCAACAUGGCAAAAGUCAAGUGCAUCAUUCUAGAAAUGCAUCUUCUGGGGUACUUCACCCAGCCCAUGAACUGUGGCUAAACUGUUUAGAUUGGUAGAAACAAUUUCUUUUCUUAAAACUCUGUUCUUUGCUUUUACAUUUUGUUGCUCGCUCUCUUCUGUAUGUAAAUUGAAACUAAAAGGUGGACAUUUUACCAAAAUCAUGUUGCUUCCAUGGGAACUUCACUGGCAUUGAUACGGCGUGUGCAUGUGAUGUGCUGAACGUGUGUAAACUUGCGGGACUCCUACUUAGAAACCGAGCAACAUUUCACAAAGACUGCACCUGAACUCAGCAUUCAUAGUGCUGCCAUCGACUUGUGUGGAUUUCGAUCAACCAAGCCGGCAACAAUUUUUUGGGCUCAUUGUGAAGUUUUUUUGUGUGGGGCGGGGGGAGGGGGCUGCAUUCGCGAUUGCUGUAAAGGACCCCCCCAAAAAAUAGCUGAUUGAAAUGUUUGCUUUCUUAUCGCUUUGUUUGGGUUGUAAUGAUUCAAAUCGUCUGUUAAUGAACAUGUGAUGUAAGUGAUGAUUUUUACAUCCCUCAGUCUGGGGCGUUUAGCUUUCUUUUUUUUUUUUUUAAAGACUCUUGAAAGACUUUUCUCUCUAAUUCCGUUAAAGUCCCACUUAACAGUACUGUGGGGACUUGUGGAGAAGCAGAUUCAUCACCAUUUGAUUAUUCAGCAUCUGGUCUCUGAGGUGGCACUAGCAAUAAAUGCAGCCUAACUAUAAUCACAAUCAGGGUCCAAAUAACUUUUUUUUUUUCUGUUAGAAGCUAAUGAUCACAAACGAGGGGCGUGUCGCAUUGCUUGUUGAAUUAAAAUACAAUAUUUGCUUAAGCUUUUUUUGUGAGCACUGCAGUUCCAGUGGACUACGAAGGACUUUUAAAGUGUUUGUUCUAUUUGAAAAUGUGAAGCUGUUGGAAUCAUCCUAUAUUUUGUUUUUUUUGUAAUGGACACUCAUUUUGAAACUCACAAUGCCAAUGUCAUUACUGGUUAAAUGUUACUGCUUACCAUAACGCUCCAUGACACUACAAAAUGUUGCGAUUUAUCUUUGACAGUGUUUCACUGGUAUAUAUGUAUAUGCAUAAUUAACUGUACAGUCAAGCCUUGUCAGCGAGGGGAGGCUUAAACCCACAUUUCAUUUUAGAUAUUGUGGCACUAUAAAGGUAACGUUGAAAAGGUCACUGUGUUCUCAGAAUGGACUGCUUUCACCUGUUGAUAGGUUUAUUGGGCUUGGAGUGUUUUUGCCUCUCAUCCCUUACUGCAAAAGAUCUUGAUGCUUCUCAUCAUUGUACCUGCACCAAAAUGUUGCCCUGACUUUUUUUUUUGUACUUUUUAAGAUGCAUAUUUCAUUUUGUCAAAGGACCAGUGCUUUCUACAGCUGAUCCAGCAUUCUAUUUAUCCUACCUGAUCUUUAUCCUUUCAGAUAUUUGGUCAUUACUCUCCCUUGUUAAAAAAAGAGCUUAUUGAAAGAAAAGAAAUAAAGCAGUUGUGAUUUCUUAAAUGUACUGUUGAUUCUGUAUUCUCACUUUGUCAUAUUAAAAUCAUGCAUCAAA